AUGUUCGAGCCAGGAACACCAUGGGAUGAAGCACUUGCUGAAAUAACAGAACAUUCGCUCAAAUCCAUCAAGCAAGUCCGAACCCCGGAAACAAAUGUACCAAGUGACAAGAAAUCAAUAAACUAUUUCAUUUUUCUAAUUAAUAGUGAAACCAGCGCUAAGAUAAUCUGCGAUGGUUUUAAGUAUGACUUCACUGUGGUUAAGAAAGGAAAUCUCUCCAGUGACAGUGCAACAGUAAUUUGUUGUUACCACACAUCAAAUUCCAAUCGCUUGAUCAAGAAGGAAACACACAACUUGAGUCUACAACAAGCUUUAGAAAAUACAUGUGAAAUAUUGUUGGGAACUAGAAAUUGUGUGAUCGAAAACAUGUAUCUAAAGGAAGAUUAUAAAAUUAUUCUAAAAGUGUUUGGUAACAUUACCGUGACUAAUCUUCAUAUGGAGGGGUUGAUGCCUGAUAUGGAAUGGAUUCAGAAAAUAAACUCGGUUACGAAUGUUUAUAUUCAAAAGCUUGAUUUAACGUAUUCCGGAAUUGUACAACUUUCUUUGUUUGCCGACUCGCGUUGCAUCAUAUUGGAUUCUGAAGCUCACGAUUAUGUCUUGAAUCUUGACAAUACAAUUAUCAUCUUGUAUGAAUGGCCAAAGUCCAAUCUACUAAAAAAGCUGUGUGAGAAAUGGAUUGAAGAGGACCGAGCUGAACACAGUUAUGUUUUUCUGGACAAAACAGAAGUUGGAAAGUUCAAAAAGAAAUACGGAAAAAAGUUGAUGAGCAUUGAAGGAGCGAGAAAAUACGAGUCUGAUCAGGAGUUCAACAUUAUAAUCCCUAUGAUCAGCGAAGAAUUUCAAUUACGUGUUGUUUGUUCAAAAAUGAACUGCUAUAUAACAGUAGAGAAGAAAUUUGAUGAGAAGUCAGGCAGUCAGAAUGCAAUAACUGGACGCCAACGCAGUCAUCAAGAUUCAUUGUCAUCAAUGUUUGGAAGAAUUGGGAAUUUCAAGAAACGCGUUUCUAGAUAUAUCAACUUCCAUGUUCACCGCAUAUAA